AGGUUUAUGGUGAAAAACAUGGAGACUUACUACAGUAUUCAGGACUAUGGAGUUGCGCCCCCAGAAUACCAGCGAAAGGCCAUGUGAACUGAAGUCUGACCUUGAACUGGCUCAGCGUAUAUGAAUAUGAAUAAUCUCAGUGAAAUUCAAGUAUGUGAGAAAAACGGAGGAGCCAUUUGACGUGUGAGAAACGUUCCAAGAGAGGUGCAUGGGAGUGAAAUGAACUCCGAGAAGGGGAAGGAAAAUCCAGUGAGUAGUUCAGUGAAAAUGAACUUCUUGGGUUAUUUCUCUGUACCAUGAUAUACUUAAGCAUUUUUUCAAUAUAAUAAACAUAACAGAGAUUCUUGUGAUGUUAUAGACCCCAUGCAAAAAAAACUAACUUAAAAAAAAACUUGGUGUAGAUUCUACAAAUGUAACUUCUUUAUGUUUAGAAUAUAAUAUUAACUCUGUUCUAGUAAUCAAGUACAAGAAUAAGGCUGCUAGAGAGGCAAUUUAUUGUGCUUAAAGCAGUAAGCACUUUUACAGUACCUGGAGGUCUGAAAGGGAGAUACUGUUGGUAAUAAUGAAGUUUUAUAAUUUAGUCUGCUAUAUGCAUAGUUCCACAAAAUGUGAAUUAUACAUUCCAGUCAUGUUGAAAUGUUACCCAUGGAAAGGUAUAUUUCAUGUCCUUUAAUACAAAGUAUUUUACAGGUUUGUGGUACUUUCAGUGCAGAUAAUCAAAACAAAGAAAUACCAGCUCUUGGUGGUCAGAUCCAGAUAUGGGCAUAAUAAAGAUCUUUUAUUUUGUUUUAUGCAUCAGAUUCCAAAGUAUGGGAUAGAAUGAUUUUUCCAAUAUGUAAUUGGAAUUGAGAAUGUUAUGUAUUACCAUACUUCUUAUGUGCUACAUACACAGAAAAUUCAUUGGUAAGAUAUCCAGUGACCUUUUAUAUUUUGCUUGUGGAAACCUUCAUUAAGAAUAUCCUUAACAUUCCUGUUCUGUUUGAAGUAAAUAGGGUUUUAUUUUUCAUUUUUUUCCUGCAAAGAAUGUGUCACACCUGUACAAAAAUUUAUAAUGAUCAGUGCUUCUCUUAUUUAUGCCUUGUUUCAGCACUUGGUUUUGAAAUCAUAUUUUAUGGUUGUACAUAUCUGUACAGCUAACAUGUACAAAUUGGUGUACACAUGCAUUUUGGCAGGGUGAAUCAGAACUGUUGUAAAUUAUUGUGUGUAGCAGCUAGGGUUUUCCUACUGGAUGUGAAUACUACUUUCAUAGUGGUAUUGUGAUGGAUGUGAAUUUUUAAGGCCUUUUUCAAUAAAAUGUAGAUUUGCA